AUGUACGGCGAUGCGGGAGCCAAGCUCGUCGGGCAAGCCAAAAGAGCUCAGACUCUGACAAACCUUCCGCCGUACCUGACCGAACUGGUCCGCACGAUUACGCGCGAGGUGCGCGACCUGGACAAAGAUGUCGCAGACCUGCUGGAGCCGUUUCAGGGGUCUUUCCACCCGUCCGACGACCAGGCCACGGCCUGCACGCUGCUGGUGAACCACCUGUCCAUGCGGAGGAACAAGCGAUGCCUGCUCGCUUACCACCGGGUACGGACAGAUCGGCUGGAGGAACUGGUGUGGAACAGCUACGACGUCGUUGACCUGGCCGGGCAGCAAGUCAGGGACGGCUCGGGAGGCAUGAACGGCGGCGGCAGCGGCGAUGGCGGCACGGGCAGCUUGUGUCCGCAGGAGGAAGACUAUAUGCGGCAGUACAGCGACCUGCUCGCUGCGUACAAGGGCCAGUGGACCGACAUCGAUCUGACGGGUAGCUUGGAGCCCCCGCGUGACCUGUUCAUCGAUGUGCGGGUGCUGAAAGACGCUGGCGAGAUCCAGACCGAAUACGGGGCCAUCACCUUAACCAAGAACAGCCAGUUCUACGUUCGCCAGGGUGACGUGGAACGCCUGAUCGCCCAAGGAUACCUCCAGAAACUUAGCUGA